GGAAGCCAAAUCGGCACUUUUGACGGCAGAGAUAAUGAACUUCUUUGUAUUUUUGUGUAUUUAACAAUAAAACAACAACCUCAAAAGUUAUUAUGCGCAAAGCACGGACGUCGACGAUGAAAUAGGUUAGAUUUUAAUUAACCCGGACGCAUGAUAACAGAGCUGACCUGACCUAACAGUCAUUUUGUCUGUGAGCAUGAAGCUGGACAUUGCUUACAACCAGCUGAUGCAUGUGGAAUGGAGGAGACGAGACAACAGGCAAAUACACUUGUAUUCCAGGUAUGUGAUGGCUCUGGCCACUGUGACUACUGUGCUGCUAGCCGCCAUGGCUCUCUAUAACCUCUUGACACCGAGGGUUUCCUCCUCCCAUCCUGCACCGAGCAGCAGCCUCCAUCUCUCCCCAGCUGAGUCCUGCUCAGACUCCUGCAGGAUUGUUCUGGUGGAGAGCAUCCCUGAAGGACUGGAGUUUAAUUCCAGCACCACUCACCCCUCCAUCUUCCAGAGCUGGCUCAGUCUGAUGGCUGAGGCUCGCAGCAGUCUCAACAUCGCCUCGUUCUACUGGACACUCACUAACCAAGACACUGGCACUCAUGAGCCGACAGCCUAUCAGGGUGAGACCAUUCUGACGAAACUAGCCGAACUUUCAGGGACGUUGUCUGUUCGCAUCGCAGUCAACACACCGCAGGAUAGUCAACCCCAGAGAGACCUGACACUGCUCAAUCACUCAGGAGCAGAUAUCAGGACAGUUAACAUGAGACAGCUCACCUCAGGCGUACUUCACACCAAGUUCUGGGUUGUGGACAAGAAACAUGUGUACAUCGGCAGCGCCAACAUGGACUGGAGAUCCCUCACACAGGUGAAGGAGCUCGCCGCCGUGGUUUACAACUGCAGCAGUUUGGCUGCAGACUUGGGAAAGAUCUUUGAAGCCUAUUGGUUCCUGGGGGAGAGUCAGUCGAUCCCAUCGCCUUGGCCCGCCAGCUUCUCCACCUUCUACAACAAAGAUACGCCUCUCCAGCUGCUACUCAACAACACACCAUCCAGCGUCUACCUGUCGAGCUCCCCUCCAUCCGUUUGUGCAGCUGGUAGGACUCCAGACCUUCAGUCCAUCCUCAGUGUGAUUGAGGACGCCCAGAGCUUCAUCUACAUUGCUGUCAUGAACUACCUGCCCACCAUGGAGUUCUCACAUCCCAAAAGGUACUGGGCAGACAUCGACACCCAGCUGAGGCGAGCGGCGUACGAGAAGAAGGUCGAGGUACGCCUGCUGAUCAGUUGCUGGAACAGCACCCCGCCAGUCAUGUUUUCCUUCCUAAAGUCUCUGGCCUCAGUCUAUGACCCCAAGCACAACCUGGACAUCCAGGUGAGACUGUUCGUGGUGCCUGCCAGCCCCAAACAGAAGGAGAUUCCCUUUGCCAGAGUCAACCACAACAAGUACAUGGUGACUGACAAGAUAGCCUACAUAGGUACAUCAAACUGGUCAGGUGACUACUUUGCAAACACAGCUGGCUCAGCGCUGGUUGUCAACCAGACUGCAUCACAGUCCCUGGAGCCAACUGUACAAUCACAGUUGAAGGCUGUGUUUGAGAGGGACUGGAGCUCGGACUACAGCACUCCUCUCACCCAGCUUACAAACCUCAAAGACGUCUGUUAGUCUCAACAGCCAGUAUUACAAACACACUAUCAGUCUACUUUAAAGAGCCCAUGGCUGCUCAUUUUGCUCAUUUCCAGCCAUUUAAUGUUUAAUCUUGAGUACCUCUGGAUUAGCUUUGCACCUCAAAUAGGCUAAUUGUUUCAGAACGAGAGCCUCCUCUUGAAAGCGAGAGGUUAGUUCAUGAACACGCACACCUCGUGUUGCCGAUCAGGAAGCUACUACAAUGCAUAAACAAUAACUAAUUAAUAAUUUAAUAAAUAAACUAUGUUUCUGACAAUAACAGUACCUCAAAUCCUACCAGACAUGUUUGAG